AUGGCGCCAUGGAUUCCUCGACUGCAUCUUUUCGAGGUCAAUGACCAGCCAUGGUUCCCUUCUUUUCUGCGCGCAUACGUGCAGACCGGACUUACGCAUGCGUGGACCAUAUCCAUCCCUGUUCUACAGUCUUGUAGUGCCGCCAAUCUCGUCGCAAAGACAAUCCGUCGAGUACUGGGCUCGGCAGUAUCUAAAUACACCUAUAUCGACUUCUGCGCGGGCGCCGGAGGUCCCACGCCUUUCAUAGAGCAGGCUCUGAACCGCCAACUGGAAUCUUCGACCUCUGCGUCAUCCUCACCACCUUCAUCCUCAAAUCCUUCGUCCAAUGCAGGAGAAGUAAUCGAAAACCAGCCCAUCAAGGGUGUGAGUUAUGCGGCCGUGGCGUCGGUCGAGCCGACAGUAAACGGAGAGAGCAAGGAAGACGGAGAUGGCAGCAGCAAGGCCGUCAAGUUCAUCCUCACCGACUUGCACCCGCACAUCUCGAGCUGGGAGGUGGCAUCGAGCAAGAGCGAGCACCUGUCAUAUGUCUCGGAGCCUGUGGAUGCAACAGAUGCACCCGUAGAACUGAUACAAAGACACCCGACGCGGAACGGCAAGGUAUUCCGACUGUUCAACCUUGCGUUCCAUCACUUCGACGACAACCUGGCACGCGCUAUCCUAAAAAACACAGUCGAGACGAGUGAUGGUUUUGGUAUAUUCGAGCUUCAGUCCCGCAAUUUGUCCUCUAUAGUUUCCUGCUUCAUGUUCGGAUUCUUUAUCAUGGCGUUCGCGCCGCUCUUCUAUUGGAACUCCCCGCAGACACUGUUCUUCGUCUACGUCAUGCCCAUCGUGCCGUUCGUGCUCGUCUUCGAUGGCUUGAUCUCCUCGUUGCGCACCCGUACCGCCGACGAGAUUGAGGUCCUGCUUCGCACGUGCGGGGCUUCGGGAUUUGAGGAUUGGGAGGUCCGGAGCGGGCGGGAGAUGUUCCUUUGGCCGACUGGACAAAUGAAUUGGGUCAUAUGUACUAAGCUUGAGAGCAGGAGAGGAUGA